AUGGAGGAGACCAAUCCCGAGUCGAGAACGAAGAAGGACAGAGUUCAGGUGCGGCCUGGACACAACGGGGCAAACCCCCAGCUGAGAAGGAGAACAGAGCGGCGAGAGAAGCACAGCGAGUCAGGCGCGUUUCUUCUGUUCUUGGUCAUUACCCAUUCGCUCACUCCACCGACCGGCUUCACCGAUAUGAGCACUAAUAAAGGAACGGUCAGGAAGCUGUUCGACCCGAUGGUGGGCGAGUUCUAUGCUGAUUUGGACAUUUCACAUCUGAAGGAGUUUCUGGAGCCCAAGUUGAGGUAGGUUUAUCUUUGAAACGGUUUCGAAAUCGGAUAAUGAAAGUGUUUACGUGCAUUUUUUCGGUUUUUUGUGCGUCGAAUCAUUCGAAUUUGUAGUUUAACGUGCACAAACUAUUCUUGGUUGUAUUUUAUGCUGCUUUUAGAAGGUUUCUAUCUAUAAAAACGUUUACAACAAGAGGCUGGGGGAUUAAUUUGCUUUGAUAAAUUAGACCUAAAGUUGACGUGUGGUUUCAUAUAAAUAAAAACAGAUUAAAAAUGGGUAAUACAGUAGGAGUUGAAGUUAAUGUUUGUGACAUACUACAUAAAAUCUAACUUUUAUUGUUUUAGGUACCGAAAUGACGCAGCUUUGGCCGAAUUCGCGUUCAAGAAUGCUCCGCAACCGACCGCCGUGAACAUGUUGAUGGUCUCGAACCAGAGAAUGACGGCGAUGCGACGUCAAGCAGAAGAUCCAUCUCUGUUGGACUACGACGCUAUCGAUGCAUCAUGGCGCAGAGAUAUCGAACUUGAAAAGGGUCUGCCACCUUUGGACACUGGGUACAACGGGUGUUUGGGACAAGGAUGCUCAAGCUCAACUACCAGCGACACUGCCUCAGAUCAAUAUCAACGUGAUCUGCAGAUUUUAACAGAGAAAAGCAUGUUCGGUGUAAGUUGAAAGUUUUAUUGCAAUUUGGGUUCAAAGAACAAUAUAAGAGAUUUUAAUUAAAAAUAGUGUUACACUUGUAAGUGUAAUCGAGUACUGUAGGUUUAAUAUAAUCUUGUGUUAUUAGUCGAGAGUUAGUUUACAAACAAAGUACUGAGGCAGCUUUGCGUGACAACUGUAGUCGAACCAAGUUCCCUUCAGUUCUUGGUUGUAUGCCAUAUAUACACAAUCAACUUCUGGCUCAUUAGGCUGACUGGAGUCCCAGUUUAGGUAGUUGACAGGGGUACCAUCACUCCAUUCGUACGAUCCUUCUGUAUCUUGCACUUUGUUCAGUCCAGUCCAAAUAUUGUUUUCUGAAACUCAUUUCUAAACUAGUUUUUGUUACAAUUUAAGAAGUUGAGCAUUAGAUUUUAAAUUGUUACAGUAACCUUCUUACUCUUUCUGAGUUUGUGAACAAAGUCAUUUUCGGCUAGAUCUCUUAUAGAAACCAGAUGAGCUCCGAGUUCUCGACAGAAGUUUUCUGCCGGAAUCCACAUUAACUCUUCUUCGAACAUACGAUACCAAUAGCCUGCGUACAGUUUCCAUCCCUAAAUUACACUUACAUUUAGUUUUGUGAUACAGAUACUUAAAACGAAGUAUAAAUGACAUUAGCUGUGAAUAUAGACGUCUUUACCUGAUUCAUAAGAUUGGACACAGUCAGGAUUCUGAGUUGUUGUUCGAGUUUACUGUCAAAUCUAGUUUCGUUCUUUAACUUGGCAGGGAUUACUGUAUCCACAUAGUGGGAGCUGACGUAAGUCAACAGCGAUGUUAGAUAAAGUAGUCGCAUGUUUAGUUUCUGACUGAUUACGAGAGUUAGAGAAGGUCUGUAAUGAUAAACAAAUCAAAGUUAACAAAAAAUGACAUUGUUUAGUUAUAAAAUUGAAAAAGUUAUGAAAAAAAUACAAUUUGCAGUGAUAUAAUGAUGUCAGUUACAAUUUAUAAUUUCAGACAUUGUCCACCGAAGAGGCUUACCAAUAUGAAGACCUGGCCAAGGCUCAAUUCGCCGACUUCUACCAACAACUACCUGGAUUCAAAAAGGGAAAUCAACGAGAAUGGCUGUCCCCAAACGACAUGAAAAGAGUUUUGGGCGAUCUGCAAGACAAUUCAGAGUGUUUCAACAAUUUGAAGGACACUGCCCACUCUUCCAGCUACAGCGAUCUUACUCUGUGCCAAGGAGAGAACAUGAUCGUAAACGAUGUUCACUUCGGAGUCGACCAUCUGGAAGAACAGAUCAGUGACACUGAGACUGAAGUGGAGGGAUUGCCUGAGGAGUUCAAGGAUUUUGACAAAUCAACUUCAUUGAACUUGUCAAUGGAAGACUCUUCUCAGAUUCUGAACGAUGAACAAGUCAGAGCUGACCUAGGCGAUGGUGAGUUGAACUUAUAUUUAAAAACGGCAACGUUUUAUUUAUAAAAAAUUUUAUUUUUUUAAUUCAUGUUGUUUUAGCCUACUGGCUGCACGAGUUUGAAGGGAUGGAAAUGCUGGGCGAAUUCCAAAACCACUUUGCUGACGAUGACGACGAAUCUAGUCGUAGAAGCGCUUCUCCAGUUCCAGAUGUUGGCCGAGUUGAAGAAGUCGAAAAUUGUUGCGAACCAGAGAGAGACACGACUCCUUCUAGCGGGUAAAAUAUGACACUUGUUUCAAUUUGCUUUUUAGAAUCGGUUCCAUGCGCUCUUCCGGAUCUUCUCCAUCACAUACUGACGAGCAUGGUGUCUCUGAUGUUGAGAACCGGCAGUAUUACCACUCUAGAAUCUACAACAAGCUUGCUCCGAAGUUGAGGGAAAGUUACUGUUCGAUGUCUUCUGAAUCUUCUUACGAUUUGGAGACGAUUAGAGUUGGAUCUCGAGCACGACACGAUUCAAUGUUUGGAUCUUCUUCAACUGUGAGACCUUUCGCUCCUCAGAAUGGGGAUCAGCAGAGAAAGCGAGGAAGACAGUCUAAGGACGAGCAGUUGGCUAUGGAGAAUGGACUGCCAGCUUCAGCUGAAGAGUUCGCAGGAAUGACCCACAUGGAGAUUCAGAGGUUUAUGCGAGAUCCAAACUUGACCGUGCAACAGAAGGCGUUGAUCAAGAAGAUCAGGAGAAGAGGUGAGUCAAUGACUUCAAAAAUUAACUUUGAGUCAAAAGAAGCCUGUGAAAUAAGUUUUUUUUUGAGAAAAGGAGAAUAUCGUUUUGUCAAAAAGAUUAAGAUUUUUUGUUUAUUUUUAACUGUCUGACUAAUCUACAAAAGCGAUUGUUCUCUCAUGUUAUAAUGUCAUAACUUUCUAUUGCAAGGUCCUUGUUUGGUCUUUCACUGCUCAUUGAACAAUUACCAAAGUCUGUUUUCAUUGCGAAUCCGUCUUGCAAACAAAUUCCUGGGAAUUUCAUGGGUAAUAUAUUUGUCGAACAUAAUAUAGCUAACGUAUAUUUUCGUCUCUUCCUCGAACACAGCUAUCUUAUAUUAGGUAUAUAAAUACAUAAUUUAAAUUGAUUAUUGACCAAAACACAUUUACUCAAUGACUCGAUUCAAUUUGAAUUGUUUUAGGUCGCAACAAGGUGGCGGCGAGAAAGUGCAGGGAACGUCGUACUGGGGAAGGGGCUGACGAGCCUUCCACUUCCAAGCAGAUGCUGAACGACCCUUCCUCGAUGAGUUUGUUCGACUUUUAA